ACCUUUUUUGCGAUGUAGUAGAAUCAUCAGCUCUUCUCGCCAGAUUCUCUCGUCGCCCCACUUCCUGCUCGCAUUCAGUCAGUGACGAUAAUCCGCUGAACGUGUGAAGACUUUGUUUGAUAAAAGUAGAAAUCUAUCAACUAUCGCCGCCGUCUCCAAGACGUCAACGCUGCAGCAUCGCCGCUCCACCGUAUAAAGAAUCGUGGCUGGGCUUUCGUUCCCGUCGCGUGGAAGCGCGGUCGCCAUGCGACGCCCUUUCGCCAUGAGCGCGGACGGCGCGGGAAGCCUUUGGCUCGGCGCGCUGUUCGUGCUGACGAGUCUCGUAGGGGUUUCCCCCGUCCUUUCUGUGACAUACGAAGCCUCACAAGGUAUAUAGCAGAGGAGAAUCUGCAAGGGCCCAUUCCCGACUCCAUCAGUAACCUUGUCAACCUCACCGCGCUGUACGCCUCGCCCUGCCAUGCCGCUGCCAUGCCAUGCAGCUACCAUGCCCUGCCAUGCCAUGCCAUGCCAUGCCCUGCCAUGCCAUGCCAUGCCAUGCCAUGCCCUGCCAUGCCAUGCCAUGCCCUGCCAUGCCCUUCCAUGCCCUUUCAGCCAUGCCGCUGCCGUAUAAGGAAAUUUGCACCUUAUUUGUUUGGCAGGGAAAUUUGCACUAUACGGAAUAGUACAAAAAAAAAGCCCUCAGUCGUAACUUCUUUUAAGAGGCCUAGGCGUGUAAAGCCGUACCUCUACCGAGCUGUCCACAGAGGCUUGUGAAGCGUGUGCGGAUUGGUCCAAAUUGAUUGGAACUUCGUGUUCCACCAAAUCCCUUUCGCUGAGGUGUCCAGAAUGCGGCACAGUACCCGGUCCUCCUCUUCUGCUGCGCUGUCACCCCACUUGAUUCCUUUUACCCGGUCUACCCUGACGGCACCUCUUCCUCCGAGUGUACAGAAAAGUCCUGACCAACGAGCUGACAUCCACGUUGAUCAGAUGAAGCAACUUUUUAGGCUGCAACUUCUCCUUCCUGAAAACCGCAUCACAUCUGCCCACCCACAGACGAUGAACAGAGAUGGCUGCCACCGCUGCCUCCGGAAAACCCGACCGUGUGCAUGGUGGCUGGAAGAGCAGGUCUUCCAAGAUCUCUACGUGCCUCGAUGGGUUCACCAUCUUCAGCACUCUCUUCAUCACCCUCACCACCGGUUGAAACACCCUGCAGUCAAACAUGCAGUGCGCCAGUGUCUCUUCCUCUCCGCAGUGAGGGCACCUCGCCUCUUCCCCUAGGAAAGGAAGCCUCUCCCCCACUUGAAGAUUCAUACAGUGGACCCUCAGCACAACGUCCCUAGCCCGCUGAGGAGUGGCCAGUCCUUAAUCUGCGCAAUCUUUCAUUCGCUAAACAGCUUUGUGCUCAGCAGUCUCGCCUCUUGGGACCCCAACAAACCCAGGAUCCUUUCCUCCACUACCAGCAACGGAGUAACCUCUGUCGGCUCAAAAACUCUCUGCCAUGUUGCUGAGCAGGGAGAAAUGAGCAUAAAGGGAAGCCCAUCCCAAGGGAAGAGCCACCGCUUGCCUGGUACACCUGCAGCUGGAAGAGGAGCACCGACAUCACGUAGCUGUUCCAGAUCGUUACUCUUGCCGAGGUGGUCAAAAAAUUGGACUGCCACUUCAUCAGCGUCUCCUUGACCCUAGCAAGAGCUUUAUCCUAGGUGGCUCCCGCCCCACCGCACGGUGAGAUCCAUAUGCCAAGCACCCGCUUUGCUUCGUCCCCUUUCAGCCACUUCAACCUAGACUUGCGCGGUAGCAGCGCUCUGACGUUCCUCCCGAGCGGCAUCAACGUCGAUUUGUUCGUGUUUGUCCCUUAUCCCGACAGCUCCCCGGACUCAAUUAACAGGACUUCCGCCCGCUGCAGCUGCUCCAUUCAUGAUUAGCAAGGUGUGGUCCGCAUAUCCCACAUACGCUAACCUUUGGUUCCCUCUCAACGUAAGCCCCAGACUCCUCCUCUCUGCUUCUCUGCAGAGCGGCUCCACGACGCAGAGGAAGAGAUACGGCACCAGCGGGCAUCCUUGCCUCACCCCCUUCGUGACCUCAAUCCGAUCUCCGAUUCACCCGUUCACCACCAGUUUGGUCCCUAAGCGAUCAUGCAGACCAGUCACCCACUUUAUGAACCGCUUCGGAAAUCCCAUCUUCUCCAUCACCCCGAACAAGAAACUCCGGUGGACUGAAUCCUAGGCCUUCUCAAAAUCAACCAGGAGAAGGUACCAGUCCUUGUCCCUGUUCCUGGCAGCUUCAAUGACGUCCGCCACAAUUGUUACUGCAUCCGAUAGCCUUCUACCUGCAAUGAAGCCGAAUCGCUCCCCUGAGAUGCAUUUGUGCAUGACCGACUUCAUGCGGUUCGCCAAGACCUUCGCCAAGAUCUUGUAGGAGGCAUUUAGGAGCGUAAUCGGACGAUAAUUCCCAAUGUCCUCUUCUCCCCCUUUCUUAUACAGCAGGAUUGUCUCAGUGCCACUUGCCUGUGGGGGGAGGUGGCCCGGGACUUCAAAAUCCCGCGCCAUCUUCCACACCGAGGGGCCCAACAGAUCCCACUGCCUCUGAAAGAGCUCCUUCGGCAGCCCAUCCAUGCCCGGCAACUUCCUGUCCGCCAUUUCCCACAGCGCCUGCUUGACUUCCUUCUAUGACCAAGGCUUUUCAAGUUCCACACCUUCAAGCACUCUCAGCCUCCUCCCUUCCCCCCCCAUCCAGGUUUCAGGCCGCUCCCGCUCCGUACUACCCUCGAACGCCACCCUGAAAUGCUGUGUUGCAACUUUCAGGAUGUCGUUCUGCGCCAUGACUGUCUUGCCGCCAUGAAGUAGCUGCUUAAUUCUUGUCCUCCCUUUCCGAGCUUUGAUCCUCACCGACAGGUACACCGAUGGGACCUCGCCUACCAACUCCAUCCCCUCCCCUGCCAGCAGCUGCAGCCUGCACCUGAUACUAUCUUCAUACGCCACAAGCAGUGACUCCUGCGUUGGCAGCUUUGCCUGCAGCCGUACAGAUGCUUGCCCACGCAUGACCUCCUGCCGCAGCACCGCCACACUCUGCUCGAAGUGAAGGCGAGUUUCUUUAACCCGCUUCCGCUCUUCAAGCACAUACAAUGAUAAGCCCGCUCUCAGCCUGUCUAUUAACUUGUCAUAGCAGUCAGAGCCUUCCUCCCGAUGCCUCGUGACCACCCGUUCCACUCUCAGUCUGACCCCUUCUCGGCCCGCGAAGGUCACUGGCAGGCGCCAAAUCCCUGGACCAAAGCCUCCUCGUGUCUUGUCUCGUAACAGGAGGAAGGCGCCAAAACUGUGAGCCAAAAUUCCCUUUGGUAUCAUAACAUGUCUCGCCCCCGCCACCAGGUGCAGUAUGGAGUGCGAGAUUAAACAUCUAUCAAUACGUGAGUCCCCUCCCGGUUUCUUGUACCGGUACGUGAACUCCUUCAGCGCCGGGUUGAAGUUCCUAAAGGUGUCCCCCAUGCUGAAGCUCGCCAGGAUCUGCAUCAACCUCCUGUUCUCCCCCGAUGAACCCACUCCCGUGGAUCUGUCCAUAUCCGGAUCCUCCACCAAGUUCAGAUCCCCCACUAGGACCUGGUGAUCUGCUGCCGAGAGAGCCGCUACAAAAGGAGCAAGGGCGUCCCAUAUAAAAAUCCCCCUGUCCGAUGCCUGUGCCGGGAAGUAGGCAGCAACCAGGAGCACACUUGAGUCCUCCCACUCCAAUUUGACACCAAGCAGUCUUCCAGAUGAGUGCGCCUCCACAUGCUUGAACACCAUCCCCUUCUUAAAACAGAUCACGCUAACCCCGCUCGCUCUCUACUCUGGUGAGGCAGCUGCAGUAGCCUCCGCCCCCAGAUCUGUUCAAAAUUUAUGGUCUGCCGCUAUCUUGGUAUCUGCUAGAACCACUAUGUUCGUUGUUUGAUGCGCCCAUGCUCCUAACUUGAUCCUCUUUCCCAUACUUCCCAAUCCGUUCACAUUAUACCCGUAGAUGGACAGCUGGGGAUUCCUAUCUAUGGACAACUGUUGCAGAGGGCCCCAAGCAUUCACAGGGCGCAUGAGAAGAUGGUGACUCUACUACUAACACACUACUACAUGAGGACAAGGCUACAGCAAGUUCCGGCAGGAGCAGCAAUACCCUAUUCACGCGGAUCCAGAAGACCCGCACGAUGGCGAGCCUGUGCAACAUACCUGCCUCGGUGGUCCCAUGCGCCUUCUCACAGCAGCCCUGCAUGCAGAUCCUCUCUUUGCGACAGGAGCCAGUGGAGACCAAGGCAAUGGCCGAAUCUUUCAGCAGCUUCUUGACCUGACUUGUCAGCAUGAGCAAAGCGGCUGCAUGAAGAGUGGACGGACGGAUGGUCAGGCAAAACAGGAGGAGCACGAGAAAGACCAUACUGCGAGCAUGUCAAAACCAGAUUGACCGUGUUGCCGUUGAUCUGAUGCAGGCUACCCAAUGUUAGCUUCCACGUGUCCAUGCUACUCUGCCUAGCCAUCACGUAGUCGUCAUGCAACUUCGACAUAUGCUGGCCACCACAGUAAUCACAGGUGAGACACAGGUAAUGAACACGAAACUGAGUCCCUUCCAGCGGCGAGACUUCCACCAGGUGACGCCAGCGGUACUUAUCCCCCGGGUGCUGAAGCACCAGUCCUCUGAUCUUGUUCGUGAUAUCCCCAGUAGCUGGAUCCUUGAUCCAAUGAAAGUAGAAACUGUCCUGGAAUGGCGUCUGUUUCCAUUUGACAAGCGGAAUCUUCACCAGCAGAUCAAAGAGGACUUCAGGUGAGACAGCUGCCGGAAUAUCCUUGUCGUUCAUAGCCAGCAUCCGUCGGUACUCUGCACUCUCCGGAUGAAACCACUUCAGCCUGAUGAUUUUGCCAUCUAUGUACUGAUGUUCAAGAACCUGCUUCUGAAAGGUAACUUGCAUGUGGCCAAAGCGGUUUUCCGAAAUAUAGGCCGGCUUCAGCUCCAAGUAAGUCGUAGUUGUCAACGCUUCCGGCGACAAUUCCGAUUUCCAUAGCAUCAGCAGGAUUGCAAGGGUCUCCUUCGUCCUUAUCGUUUCCUUCAGGUGAGACACCGGGAUCAGGAGCGUGAUUGAGUGCUUGAUCUUCGCAGCAACCUCCUGAAUCCUAAUCGGAUCCGGCAUUCUUCAGGGUCAUCCCUAAGAUGCCUAUCAUUGACUUCUUUGUCCUCUGCAGCCUCCAACCCGAUCUCCCCCUGCACAGGUACCGAAACCUCCUGGACAAUCGGCGACGGAACACCCUGUUGGCACACAGGUUCCGGGGACACCUGACGCAGAACGACGGACGGCGGAGGUGAUGGCGGGGAUGGCGGCGGAGGAGCAGACAACCCCAUGUGAUGCAAGGGGACGGCCUCCCUGACUAGAGACUGGCCUUGGGGCUGCUUGUUGGGCGACGACGCCGGGUUCAGAGGAGGAGUUGAGUCAGAUUCCGACUCAUCUCCAUGGGUAGGCCUAUGGCCUGCUCAAGUGACCAUGCCGGCUUUCUUCGGUGUCAUCGUGCAAUGAUGAGCUCCCCAAAGCUGUCUUCUAAUGACAGAGCAAUGUGACUUUCUGAGCACCUUUAAACCAUACAGUACUUCAGCGAGGCUCCCAUAGCCUCGUUGAGCAGCCAAGCUGGCACACUUGUAAUCCAUUUCCAACGCUGGUCCUGAUCUCCUUGACAAUGCAUCGAUCGGUUGCAUUCUGCAGCAUCUUUAGUUCUGUAACUUGUCGCCCUUGAUAGUUCCCUGACCUUGAAAGUUGAGCACGUCUUGGGAUUGCCUGAACUGCAUAUUGCUGCCAUUAGGUCCUCUGUAUGAACACUAAUAGGGGACAGCACUAUUGAGCUCCCGACAGGGUAACAAGGGCAUCAACGGGUCC